CCCCCAAAAAAGUUAAAGACGACCUGAACGUGAGAGGAGGCCAAAACGAAAAGAAAAAAGUUUCCGUUAAGGAAGCGAGAUCUGUGCUCGGCGAUGCCUCAGCCCAGCAUCAGUGGGAUGGAUCCUCCCUCUGGGGAUGCCUUUCAGAACUACACUUUUGCUGACCAGGCUCUGACCAGCACCGACCUGUUGGCCAACAACUCUGACCCCGACUUCAUGUAUGAAUUGGACAGGGACAUGACUUGCCACCAGAGUCCCAGAGGAGACGUGUUCAUGUCGGGAGACGGCAAGGAGCUUGAGGGGAUGGAUAAUCUUCCGGAGCUGUUGGACAACGACCUGACCUACAGUUCCAAUUUUGAGCAGUGGGACUCGUACUGGGAGGAUUUAACCAAGUACACGCGGCUCACCAGCUGCGACAUCUGGGGAACCAAGGAGGUGGACUUCCUGGGCCUGGAUGACUUCUCCAGCCCGUACCAGGACGAGGAGGUCAUAGGCCGCACUCCUACGCUGGCUCAGCUCAACAGUGAGGACUCGCAGCCCGUCUGCGACACACUGUACCACCCCGACCUGCUGCUGAGUCAGAAGCAGCCCGUUCCCAUGCCUUCUUCAAUGAGCAAGAAGACCGGUCGGUCCACGACCUCGUCAGCCGCUUGCGCUUCGUCCAGCCAGAACCCCCUGCCGGACUUUGCAGAGGGUACUCAGAAGGCCACUUGGCCUGUUGCCUCCAGCACUGAGACUAUGUCCAAGGCUCAGUCGCAUGUAUUUGGCAAAACCACUUCCCAAAACCUUGAUAACAUGGAUUAUGUCCGCAAGGCCAAAGUUCGUAUCAGUGCGUCGCACAGGCCCGUGAUGGAGAGCACUGCCCAACAGCCCAGUGCCAGUUCUCCGCUGAGUGAGGGCCAUGACUCAGCAGUUUCGUCCAUCGGUGACGCCUCGGUGGUUGCUUCUGGCACCGCGGCGGCCUCCGUCAGUCCCUUAGCCAAUGAUAAAAGAGUGGAUCCUCCAAGACACGAGGUCCCCGUCGGCCCUAGCCCAGAAGUGGGUACGUCCAGAGCAGUGCCUCAUAUACUUCACUUCUCCAGUGAAACUUCGCUCUCAAAGGGCGCCCUCGGGGCCGAGGUGGCGGCCGCAGAGAAGAAGAAAGAGGAAGAGCACAACUAUUCGCUGUUCCUGACCCGGGCCAGGCUUGCGGGCAAAACCUUGGCCGACAUGGACGAAGCGGAAGACGAGGACGAAGACGAGGAAGAGGAGGAGGCAGAGGAGGAAGAGGAAGAGGUGGAGGGAGUGGACAUCGACGACGAAGACCACGACGAAGGGUUCGGCAGUGAGCACGAGCUCUCGGAGAACGAAGAAGAGGAGGAGGAAGAGGACGAGGACUACGAGGGGGAUAAGGACGACGACAUCAGCGACGCGUUCUCUGAACCAGGUUGCGAGAAUGACAUGACAGAGAACGUGAAGGGACUGACGGCCGGGAUUUCACGAAAGAGGGGCAAGCGCCGAUACUUCUGGGAGUACAGCGAACAGCUGACGCCCUCCAAGCAAGAGCGAAUGCUGAAGCCCUCCGAAUGGGACAGAGACACUCUGCCCAGCAACAUGUACCAGAAGAACGGCUUGCAUCACGGAAAAUACACCUUGAAAAAGUCGCGAAGGACAGACGUCGAAGACCUGACGCCCAAUCCCCGAAAGCUUCUGCAGAUCGGGAACGAGCUACGCAAGCUCAACAAGGUGAUCAGCGACCUGACGCCCGUCAGCGAGCUUCCGCUGACCGCUCGCCCUCGCUCCCGCAAAGAGAAAAACAAACUGGCGUCCAGGGCGUGCAGGCUGAAGAAGAAGGCCCAGUACGAGGCCAACAAGGUCAAGCUUUGGGGUCUUGGCACAGAAUAUGAUCGUCUGCUGUUUGUGAUCAAUGCAAUCAAGGAAGACAUAAUGAACAGAGUGCAGGACGUCUCCGAUGACAAAGGAACGAGCAUGGCUGACAAACUCAACAGGCUCAUAGAGGAAACCCUUGUGAAGUCACCCGUGGCUGGACAAACGUCAGACUUUGUGAACCAGAUCCUGGAGAACACCAGCAAAGGGGACCCCACAGGAGGUCUGGUGGGACUUCGCGUCCCCACGUCGAAAGUGUAGAGGAAGACUUUGCCUGCCGAAGGCAAAAAAACAAAACAAAAAAAACAACAACAACAACAACCUGGAAGCACACACUCCAAGCCAUCCAAAUGUUAUUCUCGUCCCACACUGUAUAAGCCCACCUCCUGCAUGCUCAUGUGUUCUCACCUGGAAACUCAUCUUCACCUUUAAGUGAAUAUACAUGCAUACGGGGCAAGCCCAUCCGCUCCAGCAUAUGUAUAUCUUCACCCAAUGUAAACCUUAUUGGA